AUGUCACAUUAUCAUUUCAUCAAAUGCUGUUGCUUCCAGCUAUGUAACGUCUUUCGCUCUCAGAACAUGGAGAUUGACCAGUGUCUGCUGGAGUCUUUGCCCCUGGGUCAGCGGCAGCGGCUGGUGCGACGCAUGCGCUGCGACCAGGUCCGCGCCUACUACGAGCGCGAGCGCGCCCUGCAGAAGCAACAGUGCCAGCUCCACGGCGCCGCCGCGGGCAGUAAGCAGCAUGUCAACUUCCCACUGGCCAGCGUGAUCCAGGACGCCGUCAUGAGACACGACGACAAAGAAGUGUUGAAGCUGUUGAAGGAGGGGGCCGACAUCAACACCCCUCUCUCCUCAGGAGGCUCUCUGCUACAUCUGUGUGCUCGCCAUGACAGCGUGUUUGCGGCGGAGGUGCUGAUGGAGCGCGGUCUGAACGUGAACCUGCAGGACGAGGACCUGUGGACGGCCCUCCACCUGGCCUGCGCCUGCGACCACCCGGACAUGGUGCUGCUGCUGCUGCUCGCUGGCGCUAACGUGCUGCUGCAGGACGUGAACGGGAACAUUCCACUGGACUACGCCACCGAGGGGACGGAGAGCCGCUACAUCCUGCACGCCCACCUGGAGGAGAAUGGUGUAGACCUGAGCUCGCUCCACCUUAUGAGGACCCAGCGGUCAUCCACUAUGCUGUCUGAUGUCCGGCAGCUGAUUGGUACAGGAGUCAGUCUAAACCAGCACAAUGAGGAAGGUGUCACACUGCUCCAUAUGGCGAGUGCUAGCGGCUAUAAGGAGGUGGUGUCCUUGUUGCUGGAGAGCGGCGCUGACCCCCAGGUGGCCGACAACAACUACUGGACCCCCCUACACCUGGCCUCCAAAUACGGACAGACACGCAUCGUCAGCCAGCUGUUGAAAUACAAAGCCGACCCAACUCUCCUCAACUGCAGCCAAGACAAAGCCUCAGAUGUUGCUGCAUCAGACCACAUUGCAGACAUGCUGCUGAGGGCAGAGGAAUUCUGGGUGCAGCACCAUAAGGACCCUGGGGUAGCCUUACCCAUGCCUGAUGAGAACUGCGAGGACCUCGCUCAGGAUGUGGCUACGCCUGUUAAGAAGCUGGCACCCCUGGCAGUGCCCAUCUCUAAGCGCGACAGUCUGCUGGAGAAGGACCACAUGUUCCGAGACGUAGCAGGAGCCCUGAGCAGACAGCCCUCGCAGGACAACGGCCUGGACGGACCAUACCCCAGCACCACCAGCAAGCUGGAGCAGGUGAAGCUGAUGCCCCCGGCGCCCAAUGAUGACCUGGCCUCCCUGAGUGAGCUGACGGACAGCAGCCUCCUCUACGAGAUGCAGAAGCGCUUCGGAAACGACCAGAUCUAUACUUACAUCGGACACAUCCUUCUGCUCGUCAACCCAAACAAGGACCUGCCCAUCUACUCUACCCUUGUGAGUCAGCUGUACCUGAGCUCCACCGGCCGCCUGUGCUCCUCCCUCCCGCCCCACAUCUUCUCCUCGGCCGAGAGAGCCUAUCACAUGAUGCUUCAGGAGCGACGCCCACAGUGCUUCAUCAUCAGUGGAGAGAGUGGUUCUGGGAAGACGGAGGCCUGUAAGCACCUUCUGAAACACCUGGCCGCUCGUUCCAGUCCCAAAGGCUUUGCCCUGGAGCCAAGGAUGAAGCAUGUCAACUGUGUCCUGGAGGCGUUUGGUCACGCCAAGACCCCCAUGAACCCCAACUCCAGCCGCUUCACCAAGCUCCUCACCGUCCACUACUGCGAGAAGAGAAGGACUAUUCUGAGAGCGCGCGUGCACACGUACAUGCUGGAGAAGUCGCGUCUGAUCGGCCCUCCGCGGCAGCAGCUGAGCUUCGGCGUGUUCCACCUGAUGGCCGAGGGGCUGACCGCCGAGGAGAAGAGCAGCCUGUACCUCAACAACCUGCUCGCACACAGGUUCCUGAGUGGCACAGGGGCAGGUGAGGCACCAGCGGUGGGCACAGCCAGCAGCCAGAGCCGAGAGAGGCUGGUAGCCCUGAAGCAGUCCCUGCGAGCCCUCGGACUAAACAAACUGGAGGUGGAGAACGUGCUGGUGGUGCUGUCGGCCCUGCUGCACCUGGGGGACGUGCGCUUCACCUCCCUGAGCGACGCCGACGCCGCCCUCCCCUCCGACCUGCAGCUGCUGGACCGAGUCUCGUGCAUGUUACAGGUGAAUCCAGACGACCUUGGUGCAGCCCUCACUUCCGACGUCCAGUACUACAAAGGUGAUACGGUCACUAGACGCCACAGCGUGGACAUGUCCGGCCACACCAGGGACCUGCUGGCCAAAGCAAUCUACAGCCGCCUGUUCAGCUACCUGGUCAACAACAUCAACCACUACCUACAGGGCCCAGACGACACCAUGGGAGACCCUGCCCUGGAGAUUAGCAUCCUGGACAUCUUUGGCUUCGAGGAGUUCCAGAAGAACAGCUAUGAGCAGCUCUGCAUCAACAUGACGAGCGAGCGGAUCCAGCAGUACGUCACAGGGGUGCUGUUCCAGCAGGAGCAGCAGGAGUGUCUGCAGGAGGGCAUCGCCUCGGAAACGCUGCGCUCCCCUGGCAACCAGACGGCUGUGCUAGACUUCUUCUUCCAGAAGCCCCAGGGUGUGCUGAGUGUGGUGGACGAGGAGAGCCUGGCCCAGCGCUGGUCAGAGCCCAGCCUGUACAAGCGGCUGCAGAGCCAGCUGGACGCCAGUGGGGUCACUGACGCCGUCUCCCUGACCACGAAAGACGGCAACGGCAACCCGCCGCCCAAAGACCAGGGCCCGUCGUUCACCGUCUCGCACUACGCCGGCAAGAUGACCUAUGACCUGACGGGCUCCCUGGAGAGGAACAGAGACGCCCUGCCUCAGAAUGUGCUGUUUGUCAUGAAGUCCAGUGAGAGUGUGCUGGUCCAGCAGCUGUUCCAGUGUAAGCUGACUCAGACGGGCUCUCUGGUGCCUCCUGCCCACCACUGGCUCCACCUGCGCGGGCCCAAAGCCGGCCUCCUCCUGCAGAGGAGCCCCGCACCCUCCCCCUACGCCACCGCCACCACCACCACCGCCACCACCACCAGAGACCACAAGAAGUACCUGGAGCUCAGCAAGCUGGUCAAGAAGAAGGCAGGCAGCGGGCUUCUCCAGAGGCUGGACAGGGGUAGCCCCAUCACCAUGGCAACCCAGCUCAGGGGUCACUGCUGUGGUGUUGUGGUGUGCAGGUACAGGGAGCUGGUGGACACGGUGCUGGGUGAGCGGAGGAAGCUGCCGGUGGAGGAGCGCUGCAGACACGUGCUCCAGCACUGCAAGCUCCAGGGGUGGCAGAUGGGCAGCAGUAGAGUGUUCCUGAGGUACUGGCAGGCUGACCACUUGAAUGACCGCUGCCAUCAACUUCACAAGAAAAUUGUCACCUGCCAGAAAGUGGCGCGGGGCUGGCUGGUGCGAAAGCGCGUGCGCCGUCGUCUGACCGGCUGCAGCCAGCGUGGAGGCCGCAGCGGCAGCACCACGGGCACCACGGUUACGGGCACCACGGGCACCACGGGCACCACGGUUACGGGCACCACGGGCACCACGGGCACCACGGUUACGGGCACCACGGUUACGGGCGUCAGCGUCCAGCGCUUCCUGCAGGGGGCCGAGGAGCUGGGCCUGCGCGCCUACGACAGCCUGGUGCUCCAGAACGCCUCGGACAUCGCCCGCGAGAACGACCGCCAGCGCGGGGCGCCCGCCACCGGACCACAGCCCCUCGGAGAGAGGCCCGAACCCGUGGGCAAGGAGGAGGACUCCCCCAAGAGGCCCGUGGAGAAGUGUGGCCGAGCUCACCGCCACUUCCGCUCCAGCUCCGUGCCGCUCCCCCUGCAAGUGGACAAUUUGGUACACUCCGCCGGCGCCGGCUCCUCCGCUAAACCUGCAGCCCUGCAGCCAGUGGUGGGCCACGGCAACGAGGACGGGGGUGGCGGAGGCGGCGGCAACGGCGGUGGAGUCGGAGGGGCGUCGUCUCCGCGGAAGCAGCCGCCCCCGAAGCCCAAGCGAGACCCCAACACGCGCCUGAGCGCGUCCUACGAGGCGGUCAGCGCCGGACUGUCCAUCGCGCCCAAAGACAGCCCCGCCGACGCUGACCUGUCCAAGCCGCGUCCGCACAGCGACGACUACAGCACCAUGAAGAAGAUCCCUCCCCCCAAGCCCAAGCGCAGCCCCAACACCAAGCUGACCGGCUCCUACGAGGAGAUCUCGGCCAUGCCCCUGCAGCGCCCCACCGACAUGAAGCUGCGUGCCGCCUCGGUGGACGGCCCCCACACGCCCGCCUCGCUCAGCCUGUACCGCUGCCCGGGCGGCGACGACGAGGACGUCUACAUCGAGAUGGUGGGCAACGGCGGGUCGCAGCAGCAGCAGCACCGGGCGCACAGCCUGCCCGAGACGGACAGCCCCGAGACGGGCGAGGCCGUGUACGAGGAGAUGAAGUACUUCCCGGCCGAGGACGGCGGUCUGCCCAGGAUGAUGAUGACCGGGACCGGACCGGGGGUCGGGAUCGGGACGGCCGAGUUCUCCGCCUUCCUUCCGGCCAAGCAGGGAGGAGGCGGUGGUGCCAAAGACGCGUCGUCCUGCGACAUUCCGGCGCCGUUCCCGAACCUGCUCCCGCACCGGCCGCCGCUGCUGAUCUUCCCGCCGUCGCCGGUCACCUGCUCGCCGGCCUCGGACGAGUCGCCGCUCACGCCGCUGGAGGUCAAGAAGCUGCCCGUGUUCGAGACCAACCUCAACUACAGCCAGGAGGGCGGCAGCAGCCCCCUCUCGCCGCAGUACGCCCGCCAGCGGGCCGACUCCUCCCCGAGCCUGUCCGUCCUCCUCCCCGACAGGUCCACGCCGCCCCUGACCCCUCCCCCGGCCCCGGCUCAGCCAAUGAGCGCCGCGCUCCCGGCGGCGGCGGCCCCGCCUCCUCCUCCUCCGCCCUACCGGCCGCCGUCCCACUUCCCCUUCCCGCCCGAGGCGGGCUUCCUGACCCUGACGCGGGGUCACAGCGGCUCCAUGGACGCCAACGGCGCCAACCCUCCGCUGUCGGCCGGCGUCGGGAAGCCGCCGUACUCGCCGGUGAAGGGCGGUCCGUCAUCGUCCUCGUCGUCCUCGUCGAGGCCCGAGCCCCGCAGGGCCCACUCGUGCUCGUCGUCGCCGCUGCUCUUCAACCCGGCCAACGGGCGCGCGCUGACCAGCCCGCUGGACGAGCUCAACACGCUCUUCAGCUCCGGACGCACCCUGCUGCGCAAGUCCACCGGACGCAAGAUGCGCGACGCCGGGUUCAACUCCAACAUCAACCUGCCGGGCCGUGAGGAGCAGGGCCCCACCUGCCUGUCCCCCCAGCUGCAGGACAAGAACGCCAACACCCACAACCACCACAACCACCACCACUCACCAACUCCCCCAGCCCCGCGCCCAGCGACAACGGCAACCAGCUCUCCAACGAGGGGUCACCUCAACUUCUCCCCCUUCGGUGCAGGGGCAGCCCUGUGA